GCCCGCCACGUCAUUGGUUUCCAGGUGACCUGCGCUUGUGUAUGGAGACGGAGAGCGGCGGCGGCGGCGGCGGCGGCGUGAGCGGCUGAGGGUCGGGAGCCUGGAACCGAAGGUGGGCGUUCCGAUGGCAGCGCACAAGAAAACGGACGUUAAAAUAUUGGCACUGAAGUAGCGGACCAAUAACACUCAGGACAACAUGCGGAAGAGUGGGAUAGCGAGUCUGGUCUGUGAGGUUGCACUAAGAUUGUUCCUGUUUGGGAUAUUCCUGAUUUCUGAGACAAUGACUCCAUUCCACCGAAUUAUCCAUCCAGAGGAGAUGUGGCUGUACAAACACCCUCGGAGUGAGAGGGACACAGUUCCUACUUGGCACAUGUUUGCCAUUUCCUUCUUGACACCAUUGAUGGCAAUACUCCUGAUGAAGGUGCUGAAUAGAACAGAAGGUGGCGACGUGAAGGAAGGCUUUUUGGCGGCAUCUAUGGGCCUGGUUUUGAAUGGAGUGAUCACAAACACUGUUAAACUGGUGAUUGGAAGGCCUCGGCCAGAUUACUUCUAUCGUUGUUUUCCGGACGGAGUGGUGACAGAGGACAUGCAGUGCACAGGUGACCCUGCUGCAAUACUGGAGGGAAGGAAGAGUUUCCCCAGUGGCCAUUCUUCAUUUGCUUUUGCUGGCCUUGGUUUCACUGCCUUCUACUUGGGAGGAAAGCUCCACUGCUUUGCGUCAGGGGGACGAGGAAAGGGAUGGAGGCUGUGUGUGAUGCUAAUGCCACUCUACGUUGCAGCCGUUGUCGCGCUAUCACGUGUCUGCGACUACAAGCACCACUGGCAAGAUGUGCUGUGUGGCUCCCUGAUCGGAUUAACUCUAGCCUACACCUGCUACCGUCAGCACUAUCCAUGUCUGUCAGACCCUGAAUGCCACAAACCUUAUUCAAAGACCAAACUCUCAGCCACACAAGAGCGCAAGCUCGCAAACCCUGGUUUCAAGCUGGAUGUAUAGUGAGCUGCCCGCAGUAGGGCUACUCCAGUUUAUUCCCUGCCAUGUACACUUGCUUUCCAUUUACUUUUAGGCAACAUUUGCACAUAUUCAUGAUGGGACCUUUUGCAACACCGUAAUAGUGCACAUGCAUACACAGCCCCGAAAAGAAGUGCAAAACAAGGGAAUUAAAUGGACCAGCAAGAGACGAGAGCAUUUCAAAUUUUAUUGCUUCAUGAAGUUAAAAUGGUUGAUCUUAUUAACCUUUUAUUUUCAAAAUAAACCUUUUUAUUUUUAACCAAAAAUACACCAAUAAAAUAUAGAUGGUGUGAAGGCAAUAGUUCAACAUGGUUGUAAUAAGUAAAUGCAUUUUAAAAUCUUAGACAGCUCCCCUUCCAAAGGUGCUAACGUUUUUGGUAUAAUUUCUUAAUGAACUGACUUGUAUGAUGUGAUUAAUCACUGGGAACAAAUGGUUGCAUCAGUCUGCCCCAUCCAAACUCGGCAAUGAUCAACCAAGUGGUUGAUGUAAAUUUCGCAGUAAAACUGUUGAAUGCGCAGGGCAUGUCACAAUCUACAUUAUGGAAUGUGCUUGCCUCUCAGGCGAUUUUUUUUUUGUCAAAAGGGAAGGUAUACAGUCUUCUACAAUUUUGGGACAAGGCUGAAUUUCCAGGUUUGGUAUCAUAAAAGGUUAAAGCAGCCGAGCUGCCCGUGCAUGAGCUUUCAUGUGCUGCAGAGUCACAUUUGUGCUGUUGCAGUGACAUUCUCUUCCAAUUGUUUUGUCACUUCGACAAGCAAACCACUGCCAGUAACGCUGGCUGCAACUGUCCUCUUGGAUUGGUAUGGAGUUACCAACAUCUCUUGCCCUUGAUAUAACUUCAGUUUUUUUUUGACAUGGCAGACCUUUAUGCUGCUAAAUAGUUUGCUUACUUUAAAGUGCAACUGAGGCACAUAAAACUGAAAUUGGAGAAGGGUAUUUGUAUCUAGUGGGAUUUAAUGUCAAAUCUCAGUUUAAGUGACCUGUGUCCAGUUUGACUGAAGCUCCAAAACUGAUUCUAGACUUUAUUGAUAAUCACAUUUAAACUUGUCAGCCAAUAUUUCCCAGUCUUUGGAAUUGCACCCUUUCAUUGCAAGUCUGUGGACAGGAUUUGAAAAGAUUUCCUGCAUUUUGUUUGCACUAAUUUAAUUUGUAGCAGAUGUUGAGGGGAUGGCAGACCUUGGAGACACAAAUCGAAUUAGUUUACCUUGUAUCACACCAGUUAAUUUGUCAUCAAAGGGGACCAGACUGACACAUGUAUUAAUGCUCAUUAUGAGGAUCACGGUUUUGCAGGGACUGAAAAUCAGUCUGUUCCCUGUGGGAAUUUGGAUAUUGUUCUUGAGGCUGCUUAUCACCCUGCAUUAUCCCAUCUGUCCCCCCCCCACCCCCCAUGUGGGUAAAACCUUGCAAAUUGUACUUCCAUAUACAGCUUUGUAUUGCAAAGCAAAUGUGCUGGUAAACCUGUGACUAUUAUACUGUAUUUAUGUUGUUUCAACUUUUUAAUGCAGAAUUUUGUGUAUUGUUUGAAUUCUCCUUUUGGUAUAAAGGUUUGGGAGUGGGCAGUAAAGGUGCAGAGAGGAGAAACGCUCUUAAAUGUGAUCUUCACCAGAAUAUUAACAUUCCACUUACAGAUGGCCAUUGACAGGUGAUAGCCAUUGAUCAAAGAAACCUCCUGCCACCCACCCAGUCAUGGAAUGAAGAUGAUUGGCAAAAGAGAUACGAGGAAAAAUUCUCCUUAUUCUUGGGUUUGGGUCUGGAAAUCACUGCCAUUUGCAGUGCAGGAGGCAGUUUUAAUUGUGGCAUUCAAAGAUCUGGAAAGAUUCUGAAAGGCAAGAAUUUGCAGCGACUAUGGGGAGCAGGCAGGGGCAAGGGACCAGCUAAAUUGCUCUUCCACAGAGCUGGUGAGGAUUGGGCAGCUUUAACAAACCACUAAAGCCUUUGACUCAGUUGGUGUAGCAGUCCAAUACGCUGAAGGAUGGUGUUUGGAAAAUGUUUUCUCAAACCACAUCUUCAAUAAUUAUGGUGGGUGUAAACAAAUACACCAGCAAGACCUGUGGCGAGGCUCCUCACCUCCUUUACAACUGCAGAGAUGUUUCAGUGCAAUUGAAUGUACAAAUAUCAUUAUUUGCUUUGCACUUCCAACAAAACUUUAAAUGCUCAGAGGGCACACUUUUGUACAGACUUCAUCUUUAAUAAUAUAACACAGUCAAGUCUUAACCACAGCUGAUAACAUCACAGUAACUUAAGUUGUUUUUCUAGCCUUUUGGGCUGACUCAGACUUCAUUCCUCUUCACCAGAAUCCACCUGAAUAGAAACACCAUCUAAAUUCAGGAAAAGUAAUGACCUUGUAAGUUUUGCUGUCUCCACUUGUGGUUCUAUAGUGCCUUGUGCAGGACCUAUUUGGGCAAGUGUCAGAAUGCAGGUAACUGUACAUAAAUUUAUUGCUUCUGACCAAGUGCUUUGAACAGGCACGGUAACAGGCUAAAGUCAGAGUUCAGUUCGAGGGAAAGAAAGCACAGAGCAGUGUGUGCAGUUUGGGUGAUUUCUGUUCCAUGGCUCUGGAAUGUGAAAUUCAGCUGAAUGCAGAAUGUAUCAAUUCACUGACUGAACUGUGAAUGCAAGAGAGACUAAAGUUUUUAGUCUUGUGUUGAUUAUACUGUCUGAACAAAGAAAUCUUAAACUUGUGGAUAACUGUGUCUAAUAAAACUAAGACCAAUAUUUAAAAAAAACUUUAUUUCUUGUUUGGGCGUUAAUAAACCAUAUCUUAGAUGUUGAAUGUGUUUGUCCUGUACAGCCGAAAUUGAAGUUGGGACAAAAGUAAUCGUCUAGCAACAAGGCAUUUUGAAAAGCAUAAUCUUAGCAUAAUAACACACAAAAUACCAGGGCAACCUUAGUGGGUCAGGCAAAAUCUGUGGAAUGAAAUGGGCAGUCAACAUUUCUGGUUGAGAUCUUUCUUCAGAUUGAAUGCAGAGCAGAAUUGAUGGGCCAAAUGGCCUAAAUCUGCUCCUUUAUCUUACGGUCUAACUGCCUAGAUUUAUGUUGCAGCAUCUCAUUUCCUAUUUAUAUCCAUGUCAUUGGUACUGAUGUGACCUCUGACCAUUGGCUGUCAUCUUCCCCUUCAGCCUGUGCUGCUCAGAGAUGGAAUGAUGUUGGACACAGAGAAACAACACACCAUUAGCAUUUAUGGCAACAGAAAUGCCCGUCUGUUCCCCUUACAGUAGAAACCUCUCUCACUCUAACUCUCCUAGUCUUCCCCCUACCUCACCACCAUGCAGCAUAGCCAACAAAUUUAGAUCUUACUGCUUUCCCUGGCAAUGGCAUCCACUGGAUCUGUUUGAGAGGGGAGAAAUGGCCAAGGGGGCCCUUCACAACUCUGCUUCCCAGAAAUCACCCUCGCUUUCAUCUCUGUGCCAUCAAUUCUUGCACAUUUUAGAAAAAUAAGAUUAUAAUGUUUAGGUUUAGCUCAAAUCUAAACAGAUCUUAAGAUGGCUUAAAUUCUCAUUGUAGACUUUAAAUUCAAAUUUGGAAUCAUUAGAAGACCAGCAUGUGUUGUCCAUCCCUAAUUGUCCUCAGUGUCAGAUUUAGGCCUGGUGGCAAUGAGGGAACAGCAAUGUUUUUCCCCAAGUCUUAUAUGGCUGUUAAAUAGUU